UCGCCGAUAAGACUCAUUCGUAAUCUUUCUCUCUCCUCUCUUUUUCCAGUAUUACUAACUUCAUCUUCUCCAACUCUAACACUCCCACACGUACUUCCUUCACCGCAUUUUCCGACCUUCACAUUCACUAACUUUCUCUCUCCUGCAGAAUUAAUCAAACCUCCAAUCUUCUAGAAUCUACACAAAACUAAAACAAGAGAGAGAAUUUCACACACACACAAAAAAUAGUGAGAGACAAAAAAAAAUUGAAAAGAGAAGGUGGUGGUGAUGGAUAGGUAUACAAGAGUAGAGAAGCCUAAAGCAGAAACGCCGAUUAAUGAGAAUGAAAUUAGGAUUACUACUCAAGGUCGUAUGCGUAAUUACAUUACCUAUGCUACCACUCUUCUCCAGGAGAAAGGUUCAGAUGAGGUUGCACUCAAGGCAAUGGGUAGAGCAAUCAAUAAAACUGUGAUGAUUGCUGAACUAAUUAAGAGAAGGAUUGUGGGUCUCCACCAAAAUACAUCCAUUGGAUCAACUGAUAUUACUGACAAUUGGGAGCCAUUAGAAGAAGGCCUUCAACCAAUUGAAACUACACGGCAUGUCUCCAUGAUCACAAUCACUUUGUCAAAGAAAGAGCUGAACACAUCAUCUACUGGAUAUCAACCACCUAUCCCCGAAGACCAAGUGAGGCCAUCAAAUAAUUUUGAUAAUGAUGGAGAGGGUUCACCUAAUGUGAGGGGCAGGGGACGUGGUGGCCGAGGUAGAGGCAGGGGGAGAGGAUUUUAUAAUGGACCGGGGGAUUAUGAUGGAGAUGGUGGAUAUGGUGGCCGUGGAUAUGGUGGCAGAGGUCGAGGUCGUGGCAGAAGUCAGAACUUCAGAGGACGAGGAGGGGGGUAUUAUACUCAAGGAUCCGGUGGCUAUUAUGACAAUGGUGAAGGCGAAAUACCAGUUGCUCGGGGACGUGGUCGUGGGCGUGGAAGAGGAUGGGCUCGUGGUCGUGGUACCAGGAAUGAAGGGCCGCCUCAAAUGGAGGCUGCUUGACCAUCACGGAGGUACAACAUUUGGUUUGCAGUUGGGAAAACAUGAUAUUGGAUGCCUGCUCUCUUGUGUUGUGUUGUGUUGGUUGCUAAUCAUGGGCAUUUCAUCUCCUUUAAAGAUGUGGAUAGUGCUGCUGCCAGUGGGGCAUGCAGCUGUGUUUUUUGUAGGUCACAGAACUGGGUCUCUUAUUUGUUUCCGACUGUUUCUUUUGUUGUUCUCCCCCUUCAAACACCCAAAGAAAGGUUGUAACCAUUUAUUUAUUUUCUUUCUUUUCCAUAUAGUUAUAAUAACAGAGCAGUACAUUCUUUUAUUCUUA